AUGGCUGUUGCAUACAUUGCUUCUUUAUUUUUAGUUGUCGUAGCAUUUUUUAUAGUGCGACUAGUAACAAUCCUACCAAUUUUUAGGACUUAUGAGAAACAAUCUCAUGUACGUCAAACACAAGCUUUGUUGAACAAAUAUAAGAAUUUUGGUGGCCAAUUGCAUGUAUUUGUCUUUUUAGGGUCUGGUGGUCAUACUGGUGAACUUUUGAUAAUAUUAAAAAAUUACAAGAAUAUACUUCUAUCUUCUGGGAAUACAAUACAUGUAGGGUACUCUGAUGUGGAUUCAUAUAACAAAUUUAAGGAAUUAGCAAAAUCAUAUGAUUGUAAAGUAAAAUACUACAGAUUUGUUAAAGCCAGAGAGGUAGGUGCAUCUAAAUUAACCAGUAUAAAAAGUAUCUUAAUGACCUUAAUAAAGUCUUUUGGUUAUGUUUUUGAAAUAAGACAAGCAAUGAAAAAUACACCGCAUUUGGUUUUGUUUAAUGGUCCAGGUACUUGUUGCAUUCUUGCCCUAUGGUUUAAACUAUUAGAGUUGAUUUUCCCAUUUUCUUCAAGUUCAAACAUAGUAUAUAUUGAAUCACUGGCUAGAAUAAAUUCAUUGAGUUUAACGGGAAAAGUUCUAUAUUGGAUUGCAGAUGAGUUUAUUGUUCAAUGGGAAGAGUUGAAAGAGAAAUUGGGUGAUAGAGUCAAAUAUUUUGGAAUUUUAGUCUAA